AUGUACACGGAAGAUUUACCUUACGUUUCGACUUUUGAAGGCGAGCCUGAAGUCUUUUUACAAAGAAUAGUGGAAAAUUUAUGUCUCACUGCAAAAGCUCAAGAUUGGGGACCGGGUUGCAUGCAUUGGGUUAAGCAACUAAAUGGAUAUCUUGACCUUCAAUAUCCGCUGACGAGAGAAACUCGUGUCGUUUUGGCUCGAAUUAUGUUUGAACUUUCAACGGCAUCGGGUAUUGAUCCUUCACGUGGAGAGGUAUACGCUAGCAUUUGUAUGCGUCUACUCAAAAAAAAAGAAAAGAUCGGUCCUGAAGACUUGACUUUACCUUGGAAGCCAUUGUUUGAGAUUAUAGAUCGUACUUUUUUUCCAAAGAAUCGACAGAAAACGCUAAUCAGUGAAUCCAAACAAAUCAAAUCAAUUGUACGAUUGGUGGACUAUGCUCAAAGGUUUUUCCCACCUGAAACCUCUGAAGAAAUUCUGAAAAAGAUACUCCCAAUAUACAAUGCCAACUCUCUAGGCGACGCAUUUGUGGUGCAAGCUUAUCUUGUUCAUUUUUUGCCCACCCGUCCAUCAGCAGAUGGUGAAUAUUUAGCAACAAAAUGGUUAUCAACUAUUUUUUCGCUUUGGUAUUUGAUACCGGGAUCUUUGAUAUAUCAGACGGAAUUUCUGGAUCUUGUGGCACGUGUUGCUGAGGAUAAUGUCAUGAUGGACUUGAAUGAUCCGAAUAUGAUUGGUGUGUUUACUAAAGAUCAAGUGAGAACUGUUUUUGCUACUGGCUCGAAGAUGAUGGAUAUACCGGUUGGAAGCGCGAAUUCUGGAAGCGGGAGAGGAACACCGAUUGUUGGGUGGGCUUCAAAAGUGGAUAUGCGAGCGGGAAGUGCUAUGCUUUUAAGGAAAAAGGGGGAUAAAUUUAAAAUGAUGGCAAAGUUUAUUGUUUUUACAAUGUUCCCACAACCCGAUGAUCCAAGCAAAGAAUCGUCUCUUAACCACUUGGCGAAUUUGAUUCAAGCGACAGAAUCUUAUUAUCAUCCGAGUAAUUUUGGAAGAUGGACAUUUUCUAUUGUACGCUUUUUACAAUUUCUAGGAUAUGAAUUUUUAAAGAGAUGGAGAGAUGAACAAAAGCCUGAAUGUACAACGCCGUCGUAUCGUCGACUAACUACAGAAAUAAGACACGAGUUUGUUCUGAUAUUAAGAAAUGUCACUUUUCUGUCAAUGUUUGGCAAAGACGCAUUGUCUAUUGGGGCUAGUCAUGCAGCUUUGAAGUAUUUAGCUUGGUUAGAGCCUACUUUGAUAUUUCCAAGUUUACUAGAACGCGUCUAUCCAUCACUGGAAACUUUGACUGAGACCCAUCGCACAACAUCCUCCAUUUCCGCGCUUUCUCUUCUCGCCAUACCGCUAUUUUCACGUGUUCAUUAUCCAGCUGGCGGCAAACACCUUGCACCUCUACUAAAUCUCGUAAUUCCAGGAAUCGACAUGAACGAUCCCAUUAAAACAAUAUCAUCGCUUAUAUUUAUAACUCAUGCAGUUAUGGGCGUUCCUUUGGUCGAUUUAACAGAAGGCGCGGCGAAUGGGAACGGAUUUCGCUGGUCUGGUAUAGAGUUUGAUGAUCUGCACGAUGACGGAAUGGAGAUUGAUGGAGCAGAAGAAGAUGCACUUUGUAAAGCUAGUACUGCUGAAUUUGUAGACUGGGCCACAAAGUUUUAUGAACGUGUUUUUGUUAUCUUCGAAUAUCUUCCUAAGCAAGACAAUAGAAAGAUCAAAGUCCAUAAUAUGGAGACAGGAUUGGUUACUGUUUUACUGCAUGCGUGUGAAGUAGUAGGUUUUCAAUUAUCCGAUAAAUUACAUACCCUUGUCUUAAAGCAAGUAAGCGAAUUCGCGUCCUCCCAUAUAAUCCAAAAUGCAACCAAACCGAUGGGUUUCCUAUGUGCCACACUUACAAGUCCCAAUCGCAAAAAAGGCUUGGAAACAUUCAUCCCAUUAUGCUAUGACAAGAUUUUAGAAGAGCUUGAAAGUGAUGCUGCCUCCUUUCCCACCGCAAGCGCAUCAUAUUUCCCACCAAGUGACAACACAUUGCACUGGUAUCAGUGUAUCUUGUAUCAUGUUGUAAUGUUUACUGGUGCAGAGACUUUGAAAUAUAAAGACAAGUUAAUUGAAUUGGGAAAAAAGAUGGCCGAAAAAUGUCGGUCACGAAAAGCAUACGUUUGGACUGGGAAGUUUAUAAGAAUGCUCUUGAUUUCCUUGACACAAAUAUACCCCACAGAAUGCCGAAAUGUGGAUGAAGAGCGCUGGAAUUCGGAUGAAUACAAGAAAGAACAUCAUAAAUAUUGGAUGGAACCAGGGGACAAGGACAAUGUUAAAGUGAAUUGGCAUGUACCGACGGAUGCCGAACUUGAUUUUGCUUUGGAAUUGCUCGAUACUUUCUAUAAACCUGCAGUACAAAGUGUCCGAGAUUUGAUUGCAACUGGUAAUGAUAAAAACAGUACAACUGGCAAUGAUAAAAACAGUACAACUGGCAAUGAUAAAAAAAGUACAACUGGCAAUGGUAAAAAAAGUACAGCUGGCAAUGAUAAAGCUAGUACUCCUGAAUUCUGUCGUCAUUUGACUAUGAUUCGCAAUUGUUUACAAGGAACAACGACACUCGUAGAAGAUGAUGGGGAUAUUGAACCUUCUAAACAUAAAGAUGAAGAUAGCGAGUCUGUUCAUGGUAACAUAAAUAAUAUUUUACCAGCUGGAUAUUGCUUCACUGAUCCUAUGGAUCCACGUAGACAUCAUGUUCGUGAGCUCCGAAAGAAUCUUGGAGAAUUUAUUCAUGAGCUUGUCACUCAUUUCCGAAUUAAACGAGAAGAUGAUUUGGAAAGCAUAAAAAUUCUUCUCAAAAUGACCAAAACUUAUCUGACGGAUCGUGGGGUAGAAAAAGGAAAAUACGAGGGAAGCAAACGAGGGUAUCAAUAUGCCAAGGGAAUGUUGAAGACUUCUCAUAGAGAUAAAAAGUAUCCUAGAUAUUUGUUAGUUCGUACUCGAUUACACGAUGACUUAUUUGAGGAUUUGGUUCAACUAUCCUUUAGCUCUUAUUCGGAAAUAAGAAAAAUAGCUCAGGGUUACCUAGCGAGUGCAUCACGUUGCUUUAUUGGAGCUAAACCGUUGAUUAUUCCAAUGUUACUGGAUGGUUUGCUGCCUAUUGAGAAGGAGAAAUCAGAAGAGAAACCAGUAGAGAAACCAGAAGAGAAACAACCAGAAAAGAAAAGGAAACAAGAAAAAGAGCAAAUGGCGCAUCCAGAAAUAAUAAAAGGUGCUCUCUAUUUAUUAAACUCACGUACUUUGAUGCAUCCAUGUCUUAAAGACUGGAACUUUGUCCCAACGUUCAUCUUACGGAUUUGUGAUGCACAUCAUCCAUCCGUACAGGAAUUGAUCAAAAAAGUCUUUUACGACUACCUCACAAACUACAGCAAUACUAUGUUCAAAAUGAUAUCUAGUGAUGGGCUGCUUGAUGCAAUAAAUGAUGCGCUGACUAUUCAUUCAAUGACACUCGACGAAAACAAAUACACUAAAUUAAAGACUACAAUCGAGAAGCGUAUGACAUUCCAAAAAAAUCAGUACUAUUAUCUGUUAGACCAAUUAUUGGGAUUGGUGAAUAGGAAAAUGCAUUGGCGAUUUAAAGAUAUGGCUGUUAAGUUUCUUGACGUGUUGGUGAGACCCGAGGUAGCGCCCACUGCAGAUCUAGUGGACUUCGUCGUGAAAAGUUUAAUUUCAGAGGACCCGAAUCUUCGAAAAAUUUCAAUCUCAACCACGACACGAAUACUGGUUCAUAUUAAACAAAGAGCACAUACACCCGGUGAUUUUGAGCUUAUAAGUCUAAACAAAGAACAAAAUCCAUUAAAGAGGACCAUCGAACUUCCGAAACCUCUUCCUCCGGAUUAUACUGAACAGUAUCUUCAAACCAGACUUUUACCAAUCGAUGAAAACAAUCUUGAAAAUGUGUUUCUACAUGACAAGAUGAAUAUAGGAUGGUACGCAUGGCCAGACAAAUACGAUGCCUACAUUCCGCGACUCGAUUCAAUUGAUUUCCCUAAAUUUGAGCCAUCAUCUGAAGGAGCUUACAAGAAGUUUCUCGAGAUAUUCUCUGAUCAAAAAUUCUGGACUGAAUUUAAAAAGUAUCUAUCCCAAGAAUCAUCAAGAGAUCGCGAAGACAACUUCUCGGUGCUAAAUGGACAUCUAUUUAAGAGUAUUUUCCAAAUGUUUGAAGAUCAAUUCUUGGAUAUUGUGAAGCCCGAAAUCGAGGAAAUGUGUGAAGAUCCAGAAGAGAAACAUCGACAGCGUGCAGCAGCUGAAAUAUUGGCUGGGAUUGUCAGAGGUAGCAAACACUGGAAAUUAAGUAGUUCUAGAAAAAUGUGGGAAUGGCUGAUACCGUUACUAGAAAAAACAUUUGAUGCGAUUACUCCGGAAUCAUUAACAUACUGGGAGAGAUUUUUGAGCUAUUGUUUCCGAAACCAUGAUCCACGACGCCUAUUUCGCCUAGUAGAUCUAGUAUUACGAUCGAAUAUUAAUCCCAGUUCAAAUAAAUCUUUCGAUGAAGCAAGAAAAUUAUUUUUUAUAAACACACUUAUAAGCUGUUACUCUUGGCAAAUCAUACCGAAAUCACAAACACUACUACAAGACUAUUUUGCUAAUAUUCGGCACCCGUAUAAACAAGUUCGAGAUGUGCUUGCUGCAAAUCUUAAUAUAUUGUUUCAGAUACAGUGGCAUCCGUCGGCACCGGAUGUCCAAAUACUACUGGAAACGAAUCGUAAUUUGCCGGGUGGUGUGGGUCUUAUCCCUACUAGCUUGCCGGAAAGGUAUCAAGGAAUGAUGAAAGAACUUGUGGAUGCAUUGGCUGUUUGGCGAGCGGAGAAAAAACCUACUGCUAUUGGGUCUUCGGAGUAUAGUAAUGCCGGCAAAACAGUUCUUGCAUGGUUCUAUGAUUCUUUAUCAAGUUGGCAGGCUACCGGUACAUACUCCUUCAUUAUUCCAUUGCUCGUGGAAAUAUUCCAUAUGCAAGAUGUAAACGACGACCAAGAUCUUCAAUCAGUGGCCACGCACGUCCUCGGAAUGAUCGCUUCAUUUACAUAUCCGCCUGAGAUGGUACUAGUCAUGAUCAAUAAAAUCAUAGAAAUAUUGAUGGAAUCUCCGAGUUGGCAUAUAAAAGUCAAGGCUUUGCCAGUGUUACAGGUGUUCUACUUUAAGCAUUUGUUUAUGUUGACUCCUGAAGAAAUGUUACGAAUCAUGAAUACAGUAUCUGACAUGUUGAUGGACACCCAAAUUGAAGUGCGUCAAAUGGCAUCUGAAACACUCUCUGGUCUCAUUCGGUGUUCUCAACGAAACGCCAUUGCAGCGUUAAAAGAGCGAUUCAAUGAACUUUUACAAACAAAAAUACCACCAAGAAAACGUACAGCCCAAGCGCCACGUACCGCAAAACCUCCCGGAUUUCAAGAAGCCCUUGUGAAACGCCACGCGGCUGCACUUGGCCUUUCAUGUUUAAUUGACGCGUUUCCCUACGAGGUGCCAAAAUGGAUGCCGGAAGUUUUGGUACAACUUGCAAAAUGUAUAUCGGAUCCUGUGCCCAUACAGACUACAGUCAAAAAGACGUUCGCUAAUUUCCGAAGAACCCAUCAGGAUUCGUGGCAUGAGGAUACGAAAGAAUUCACUGAAGAUCAACUGUCGCUUCUUUCCGAUAUGUUGAUUUCACCAUCUUAUUACGCUUAA